GAAUGUAUUUCACAGCCGUUCGCAGGGCGAGAGAUUUGGGGCGUUUGGGGCGCUCGAUUUCUUCGAUUCGGUGGUGGAGGUGUUGGGUUGGAUGGAGUUUGCGUGAAAACCGCGGGGAGCUUAACAUAUUUUGCAUAUAAUCUGCGGUGAUGCUGCGCGCCCGCUCCCUGCUGCUGCUGCGGUUGGCGGCGCCGGCGGCCGGCUGCGGUCCGGCUGCGCGGCUGGUGCCGGCGCGCCUGUUUGCGGCCGCGCCGCCGCCGCCGGCCGCCACGGCAGCCGCCGUCUCCGCCGAGCCGUUCAUCAACGGCUCCAACUCGAGCUACGUGGAGGAGAUGUACGUCCAGUGGCUGCGGGAUCCCAGCUCCGUCCACGCCUCAUGGGACGCGUACUUUUCGCGGACGGCUGGCGGCGCCGGCCCGGGCGCGGCCUACAUGGCGCCGCCGUCUCUGGCCGCGCCGUCGGCCAACUCACUGCCCGUCUCGGCCCUGGUGGCGCCCAUGGUGGGCGGCGCGGCGCGAGUGCCAGGCGCCGCCGCCAGCGAGAACACCAUCGCCGACCACCUGAGCGUCGUCGGCGUCAUCCGCAGCUACCAGAUCCGCGGUCACCUGGUGGCCCGGCUGGACCCGCUGGAGAUCGAGCGAAAACCGGUGGAGACCGCCUCCGAGAUCGUCGUGCGCGGCUACAUGCAGAACUUCGAUGAGCAGGACAUGGACACGGUCUUCCAGCUGCCGUCCUCCACCUUUAUCGGCGGCCGCGAGAAGGCGCUGCCGCUCCGCGAGAUCGUCAACCGGCUGGAGCAGGCCUACUGCAGGAGUAUCGGCGUGGAGUACAUGUACAUCAACGACCUGGAGCAGUGCAACUGGAUCCGUCAGAAGAUCGAGAGUCCGGGCAUCAUGCAGUUCACCAACGACGAGAAGCGACUGAUCCUGGCCCGCGUCGCCCGCGCCACUGGGCUGGAGUCGUUCCUGGCCCGCAAGUUCUCCUCGGAGAAGCGGUUCGGCCUGGAGGGUGGUGAGGUGCUCAUCCCGGCCAUGAAACACAUCAUCGACGUCAGCUCAGCAAUGGGAGUCGAGUCCUUCGUCAUGGGUAUGCCCCACCGCGGCCGUCUGAACGUACUGGCCAACGUGUGCCGGAAGCCUCUGGAGCAGAUAUUCGCCCAGUUUGCCGCGCUCGAGGUCGCCGACGAGGGCUCCGGUGACGUCAAAUACCACCUGGGCACGUACAUCGAGCGUCUGAACCGAGUCACCAACAAGAACGUGCGCCUGGCCAUUGUGGCCAACCCCAGCCACCUGGAGGCCGUCGACCCCGUGGUGCAGGGCAAGGUCAAGGCCGAGCAGUUUUACCGCGGCGACUCGGACGGCAACAAGGCGAUGUCGAUUCUGCUGCACGGAGACGCGGCCUUCUCUGGACAGGGAGUCGUCUACGAGACCUUCCACUUGUCCGACCUGCCGGCCUACACCACACACGGAACGAUACACAUCGUGGUCAACAAUCAGAUCGGCUUCACGACGGACCCGCGCCUCACCCGCUCGUCUCCCUACUGCACGGACGUGGCGCGCGUGGUGAACGCGCCCAUUUUCCACGUGAACGGCGACGACCCGGAGGCCGUGAUGCACGUGUGUCAGAUCGCCGCGGAGUGGCGCAACACCUUCCACAAGGACGUCGUCAUCGACAUCGUGUCGUACCGCCGUAACGGUCACAACGAGAUUGACGAGCCGAUGUUCACCCAUCCGUUCAUGUACAACAAGAUCAAAAAGAUGCCCAACCUUACCGACAAGUACUCCAAGAAACUUAUCGACGAGGGCACCGUCAACGCCGACGAAGUCAAGGACGUGAUCGACCGGUACGAGAAGAUCUGCGAGGAGGCGCUGGAGGCAUCCAAGAAGGAGACGCAGAUCUACAACAAGCACUGGAUCGACUCGCCCUGGUCCGGAUUCUUCGAGGGUAAGGACCCGCUGAAGAUGUCCGACACGGGCGUCAAGGAGGAGACGCUCACCCACAUUGGCAAGAGGGUCUCAUCGGCGCCGCCCAACGCCGUCGACUUCGUCAUCCACCGUGGACUCCAGCGCGUGCUCAACUCGCGUAUGGAGAUGGUGGAGUCGCGCACGGUGGACUGGGCGCUGGCUGAAGCCAUGGCGUUCGGCUCCCUGCUCAAGGAGGGCUACCACGUCCGGCUGUCCGGACAGGACGUCGAGCGGGGCACCUUCAGUCACCGUCACCACGUGAUGCACCAUCAGAAGGUGGACAUGGCCACCUACCGGCCGCUCUGCUACCUGUACCCCGACCAGGCCCAGUACACCGUCUGCAACUCGUCACUCUCAGAGUUCGGAGUGCUCGGGUUCGAGCUGGGAUUCAGUCUGACCAACCCGAACGCGCUCAUCUGCUGGGAGGCCCAGUUCGGAGACUUCUGUAACACGGCCCAGGUGAUUAUCGACCAGUUCAUCUCGUCCGGCCAGGCCAAGUGGGUCCGACAGUCGGGUCUGACGCUGCUGCUGCCGCAUGGCAUGGAGGGAAUGGGCCCGGAGCACAGUUCGGCCCGCCUGGAGCGGUUCCUGCAGCUCUGCUCGGAGGAUCCGGAGUACUUCCCGCCCUUCGCCGCUGACGAGUUCGCCAUCCGCCAGCUCUCCGAGUGCAACAUGAUCGUGGCCAACUGCAGCGUGCCCAGCAACUACUACCACAUUCUGCGGCGCCAGGUGCACAUGCCCUUCCGCAAGCCGCUGAUCCUGAUGACGCCCAAGUCGCUGCUGAGGCACCCGCGCGCACAGAGCAGCUUCGACGACAUGGUCGAGGGCACAGAGUUCAAACGUGUCCUGCCAGAUACGGCUGCGGCCGGCCAGUCGCCAUCGGGUGUGCGGCGCGUCAUCUUCUGCAGCGGAAAGGUCUACUACGACCUGGAAAAGGCGCGGGAGGACCGCGGACUGCAGGACCAAGUGGCCAUCGUCCGCGUGGAACAGCUGUCUCCGUUCCCAUUUGAUGAGGUGAAGCAGCAGCUGGACCUGUACCCGGCCGACGCCGACAUCGUCUGGGCCCAGGAGGAGGCCAAGAACAACGGCGCCUGGGCCUUCGUCGAGCCGCGCUUCGAGACCACCGCCGCCAAGGCCAAGGUCAUCAGCCGGUCCGAGAGUGAGCGCGCGCCCCGCGGCGCCGAACCCCCGUCUGCCACCCCCGACUCGUGGCUGGGCCGCCUCCUCCGCCUGGUCAGGGCCGGGCCGCCGCCCCAGCCGGCGCCCAAAGCCGGGCCGCCGCCCCAGCCGGCGUCCAAAGCCGAGCUGCCGCCCGAUGUCGCGAACACGCACUCCAAAAACGUCAGGCGAAUUCGGUACGUGGGCCGCAGCUGCUCGGCCUCUCCGGCCACGGGCAGCAAAACGGCCCACACCAAGGAGCUGAACGCCCUCCUCAAUGAGGCGUUCGACCUAUAGUGGGUGCCAGAGCGGGGCGCUGCUCCGCCGGCCGCCGGCCGGGCGUCUGUAGUCGCACCGCACAGCGUCGGCGGCCAGGGGGACGCGCCUAGAGCCCCCGGCGCCUAUAGGUGAAUUCGUAGACCCCGAGUGUACAUUUUAGUCGCUGCCGUCAAGUAAUGGAGGCGUAUUGUCCCUGAAAUCGUGUGUGAAAUGAAGGGAAGGCUUCAAUACCAUUGGCUACUUUUAAAAUGACUAUUGAAUAGUGUUUUGCAAGAUUUUAACGUGAGUAAAAUGGUGCGGUUGUGACCAUCUAUCCCCUGCGUGGGAGAGAGGAUUGAGGGGUGGAAGAGAGUACGGUAGAACCCCUGUGAGGAGAGUUUAGAGAGCGCCUGCCUGUGCGUGUGUGGUGUCGCCGACCUGUGAGCCUCGGGAGUCGCCGGAUGGUCUGCAGGCCGAGAGAGAGUCGCCGGCUGUUUUGAUUUGCUGGGAUUGCCGUGAGUGGCCGGGGUGCGUCUGAUCGCUCAGUUGUUCGUGAGGGGUUGUUUCUGACUGCUGAGUUGUUUGAGAGUCGCUGGGUUGUUUCUGAGUUCUGACUGUUGAGUUGUUUGAGAGCCGCCGGGCUGUGGUGGUUCUAACAGCAGUCUGGGUCUGAGCCGCCGGGUUUUCUGCGAGUGGCUGCGAGUGUCCUAGUCCAGCCGUGGCUCUGUUGUGACGGUUGGUCUGUGGCGCUGACGGUCUGUCUGAUAUGAUGAUGGUCUGUCUGUCUGGCUGCUCUGCUGUUCGACCGCGCCCGUGCUGGGCCGGACGCUGAGAGCUCGUGUGUCUGUGUGGUUGUGGGUGGGUGGGUGGGUGUGACGUCACCUGAUGACGUCACCGGUCGGCGACGAGCGCCCCUCGAACAAGCCGAGGCCAAAGAGGGGUACGGCCGCCGCGGCCCGGCGCGGUGUGGGGAGGCGCGGUGUACAGAACUACAGGCCGUCGGGACUGGGAGGCCGGUGUACAGAGCUGCAGGCCGUCGAAGCUGAGAGGCCGGUGUACAGAGCUGAAGGUGAGCUGAGCGGAAAGGCCGUGCGGUGUAUUUAUUGAACUGCUGUGUGCGGCGGCGGCAGGCGGGAAUAUCGGCCCUGCCGCCGCCGCCGGCACUGCGACUUUAUUGUAAAUACAGAGACAGAGAGAGACUGA